GGGGAUGGAAGAUGAGAAAAGGUGGACGAGAGCGCAGGAAAGAGGACGCGCAGCUAUGAUCCCAGUGUUUGUCGGGGUCAAAGGCUGAAAGCUGGUGAGUGGUGACCUGAGCGAGAGGCCUGGGUGACAUCUGACCUCUAACUGGAUGUGCGGCUGACCCUGGAGGAUACGGCUCAACAAUGGCCGGCACGUGCCUUGGCCUAGUCACCAUGUCUAUAGAGGGAGCCACUGUAACCUGCUGGUCGUUUACUGCAUCCCGGUGAGAGAAAACCCCGGAGCUCAACCUGCCCGGUACACCGCCCCCCAAGUAUGUCACACUGUACUAACCGCAUGUUCAUCACAAGUGCUGCUUGCACUCCUUCAAACAUCUAACAUCCACUGCACCGUCUGCACGACAAAAAAGCUUCGCGGAGACCCGGGUUUGCAACAACACUUAAACCGGGCACGUUUUCUUCAGCACGCCAAGAGAGUUGGAUAUCCGCAGGUACUUGCAGUGCUUCUCCGAGGUUUGGUCGACAUGCUGGGGAUCUGCGUGUGCCUUUGUGCGGUUUUCACACAUGUUCUCUCUCAGGAGGCUGAGGAGCCCAUCUCCUACACGUGCACAGAAGGGUAUGAGUAUGACAGAGUGAGAGAACAGUGCAGAGACAUUGACGAAUGUGCCUUGUUGGAAGAUGCCUGCAAGGGGGGCAUGCAGUGUGUCAACCACUACGGUGGGUACCUCUGCCUCCCCAAGAGCGCCGUCAUCUACAUCAGUAGAGAGGGCGAGCAGGCGCCAAUACCAGACCCAGUCCCUCCUGUACCGCCAGUUCACACUCACACGCGGACGAAUUCAGGCGGGCAGAGGGUCCCGAGCACCCACACCGUUCGAUGCGUACCCGGAUUCACUGCAGACGGGCAGAACCUCUGCAGAGACAUAGACGAAUGCGCGACAGGCCAACACACUUGUGGGCCUGAACAGACGUGCUCCAACACCAGAGGCUCCUAUACAUGCCACUGUCCUGCCGGCUACCAGAGGAGCGGGGAGCGCUGCGUCGACCGAGACGAGUGCGGCGUGACCCACUACUGCAUGCACAGGUGUGUGAACAACCAGGGCUCGUACUACUGCGAGUGUAACGCAGGUUACAAGUUGGCCAACAACAACCACAGCUGUGUUGAUGUGAACGAGUGUGACACGGACAGCCCCUGUCAGCAUCACUGCUACAACCUCAUCGGCUCCUUCCUCUGCCAGUGCGACCACGGCUACGAGCUGGCGGACGACAUGACCUCCUGCCAAGACAUCGACGAAUGCAGCUUGUCCAGCUACAUGUGUCAGUACCAGUGCGUUAACAACCCAGGAAGUUACUCCUGUGAGUGUCCACAGGGAUAUCAGCUCCAAGGAAACAGGUUGUGUCAAGACAUAAAUGAGUGUGAGACCGGGACCCAUAACUGCCAAAAUGAUGAAAUGUGCUGGAACUAUUACGGGGGCUUCCGCUGCUAUCCCAGAAACCCUUGCGAGGCGCCUUACACCCAAACCUCUGAAAAUCGCUGUAUCUGUCGGUCUCCGGCUGAGUGCCAGGGGCUGCCACCGUCCAUUGUGUACAAAUACAUGAGCAUCCAGGCGGACCGGACUGUGCCAGCGGACAUCUUCCAGAUCCAGGCCACCAACAUAUACGCUAACACACACAACACCUUCAGGAUUAAAUCUGGGAAUGAGGCUGGAGAGUUUUUCCUUCGGCGUUCCAGCAACAUGAGCGCCAUGCUGGUGCUCACCAAGCCUCUGUCAGGCCCCAGGGAGUACGUCGUGGACCUGGAGAUGAUCACUCACCACCUGACCAUGAACUACCGCUCCAGCUCGCUGCUGCGGCUCACCGUCAUAGUGGGGCCCUACGCGUUCUGAGCGCCGCGUUCUCCCCGGCAGCCCCUCGUUAAUCCGGUUCAGCAAACAUAGCGGUGUAACGGAGCAGGUGCCUGUAUCAGCACAAUUUACAUGUUCAUACAAUACAUGCAUACAACAUAUAAACGUAGGCUGCCCCACUCUCAAACAGCAGCACAGCACUUACCAAAUACGCUUGCUCAAGUCAGACCACCUCUUUCUAUAAUGUGACCACUGGGCAUUUUUUCCUAUCAAGGUGCAGAUUAAUGCUUUCAGUCUCUCCAGUGAGCUCUGAUCUCCGGGCAGCGGGUCCUAAUAAAACAUCUUUUGUCUUUAAAUCAUUUCUGAAGUGCCCGAAGAAGAAAUGUGCAAACUGCAGCGUUUUCCCCGUCUAAUGGUCGUUCGCAAUUUCCUGAACAAUUGGGAACAGAGCAGUGGCACUCAGGAAAAGAGGCUUAGUGGACACACUUCCUAACUUUGAGGAAUUCUUUUUUUUUUUUUUUUUUUUUUGAUGCAGCUGUACCCACAUUUAUCACUUCGCUCCGACCAGAGCUGCUUACAGCGAGCUGUGUGUGCAUCCUCAUAAGAAAGAGAGAUAAUCUAUAUCAAUGUUACAUGACACGUAUCCAGUAUGAGCUGCUUUUGACUGACAUUAUAAAUCACAGCUUCCGUUGAUAAAUACUAGAGUUUAGCUCUGCUGCGCCACACUUAGUUGUGCAAGUUUCUGUAUAGUUUGCCUCAUGAGUAAUAAUUUCCAGAGAAGUCCAGGAACAGUUCAAAAGUGUAAAGGGAGGGAAUUAGCUCGUGAGCUGAGAGAAACUUUAUAUUACGGUAAGCUUGAUGCUCGUUGACUUUACUCACAGGAGUUAGGUCAUGUACAUACCUAGGUAACAAAUCUGUGUGUGUGUGUGUGUGCGCGCAUGUGUGCGUGUGUGUGUGACUGGCUUUGUUUACGCAUGCAAGCGAAUGUAAGUGUGAAGCGCAGAGGGAUAGAAAGGGAAAGAGUGAGCUUGUUCUCUGCCCUUGGUUUGGUGGAUGUGGUCGGGCUGUUUAUGUGUUUCUGUGAUGCCAUCCUAACAACUUUCGCUCACAGAGGCAGCAGCGCAGAUUUUUGAAGUCCAGAACAUGUACAGGAAAUGACGGCUUUCGGAACACACCUUGGCCGGGUUGACCGCUCGUCGGUGCCACGGUCAGCCUCCCGAGAGCGACAGCUGGACUUUGUAAUGUCGGCCCCAGUCGAGAAGUCACACGGGCACCGGGCUGGCUUGCGUGAUAAAGAUAAUUACAGUGUUUUGCCCCGGAGCUGGUUCAUGUGCGACACAGGGGAUUAUUAAAUACAAUGCCACCAGACUUUUUGGCAGAAUGAGAAAUCUCUCACUACCUGCUCCCUUCGCCUUUUCACGAGUCCACGUGCCUGCUCUGGCUUAUUAAAAGGCUAAAAACGCUGUCAGCUGUUGACACACAGCACUGAAAACCACAUUCAACAUGUUCUCGCCACUCCGUAAGUUUAGAAAGUUCUCCAUCUUCGCUUAAAACUCGUCCAUGUGGUUUAAGCCGUGAUCAUGCCACAGUGCCUUAGAGGUAUAAACACAAAAAAUGUAACACUAAUCUAAUCAUUCAUGCUGACAAGACUGUCAACUUUCUUCAGUGAGAUGCCUUAAUGUUUAUUCUCUUCUAUUUAAAAUAUAUUUUGUCAUAUGUAUCUUACAUUGAUUGUACUCUGAAGACCAAAAAAAAAAAAAGUUAUAUUGUUGAAUAAAAUAUGAUGUAUAAAUGGGG